AUGUGCCUACGUCGCAUAAUCCCGCAGAUGUCCUUUCACGUGGUAGCAGAGUCAAGGCACUUGCCUCUAAUAAGUUGUGGUGGACCUGAGUGGUUGCUGAAGACGGAAGAAAAUUGGCCUCAAGAAUUUUGUCCGGGAAAACCCAACCUGUGUUGUUCGGAGACUUUGGCGGGUAUGGGAUUAUCAACUACAGUGGAUCCAGACAUGAUUGUUUACGAUCGUCUGUUGGAACACCAUGGUUCAUUUUUGAGGAUCAGUAGAGUUCUCGCAUGGAUUUUUCGAGCAGUUGCCAUUUUCAAGAGCAUGAGAAUACGCCGAACCCGAAAUUCUGUUAUGAUUUUUCCUGAGAAUUUGCAGGUCACAGAGUUAGAAGAAGCGGAAGUUCGCAUAUUAAAGUGGGAUCAGAAAAGGCACUUGAAAAAUGUUCGUGAUUUGGUCAAGGCUAACCGCCUGAAUUCGUUGCCUAGCUCUAUGCGAAAACUGCGUCCCUUUAUGGAUCCUCAAGGAAUCUUACGAGUUGGUGGACGAUUAAGCCUGUCUUCAGAGGAUUUUGAUCUUCGACAUCCCAUAAUUUUGCCAAAAGGAAAACUUUCGGAUUUACUCGCGCUACGUGAACAUCAACGGCUUCUACAUGCUGGGCCACAGCUCACGCUAGCGUCGCUGAGAAGAAGAUAUUGGCCUUUGAACGGGAGAAACACUGUGAAGCGCAUUAUUCAUUCUUGCGUGAAAUGCAUACGAUUAAAGCCUCCAAAAUCUCAGCAGUUGAUGGGUGACCUUCCACCUUCGAGAGUAUCUUUUACUCGCCCAUUCCGUUAUACGGGGAUCGAUUUUACGGGCCAUAUUAUGAUCAAAAGGGCCCCCAGAGGUGGUGUGCAAGAAAAGUCAUAUGUGGCAGUCUUUGUCUGCAUGACAGUCAAGGCCGUUCAUCUCGAACUCAUUACUUCGUUAACAACGCACGCCUUUAUUGCUGCAUUCAAACGAUUUGUCGCAAGACGGGGUCUACCAGCACAUAUCUAUAGCGACAAUGGCACUAACCUUGUCGGGGGAGAGAAGGAGUUACGAAGGUUGCUCAGGAAUCGUCAGUCUCAACAAGAGCUGUCAGACUUCGCAUCAAAGCUACACGUUCAGUGGCACUUCAACACUCCGGGUGCCCCACAUCAAGGUGGCUUGUGGGAGGCUGCCGUUAAAUCCUUCAAAUAUCAUCUCUCACGAAUUGUUGGAAAUGUGUCUUUGACUUACGAGGAGCUGAACACUGUGAUCAUCCAGAUCGAAGCAGUAUUGAACAGCAGACCCCUAGUUGCUCUCACAGAUGACCCACAAGACCCAACCAGUUUGACACCUGGAGACUUCCUUACAGGGGGAGCUCUCACACAGCUACCAGUUGUUCAACAAGAUCUAGAGAGGACGGAUCGUUUGCAUAGAUGGGAAUUAUGUACCAAGCUGCAACACGAUUUCAUGACCCGAUGGAAGAGAGACUAUCUUCAUACGUUGCAACAGAGACAUUGCUGGAACCGAGACUCUCCCAAUAUCGAACCAGGAGACGUUGUUUUGGUUAAAUCAGACAUUGCACCUAAUUUGGAUUGGCCAAUGGGUCUAGUGGAGAAAGUUUUUCCUGGCAAGGAUAAUAGGGUGAGAGUGGCACAGAUACCAACACCGAGAUUAACAUAUUUUGAUGGUGGAGGAUCAGCACCAGAAGAAUAUUUCCAGGAAAUAAAAAUCUGGCGUGGUCCAGCCACGUAA